AUUUAGUACAUAACCUUCAAAUAAGUGCGAUUUGAACGGACAAUCGUCAACAACGGUCUCACGACAUUCGUCUCCAAGAAAGGAAACUCCUGAAGUACAAAAUGUCGACAGUACUACGUAUCAAACGUCGAAAAGGCGACGAGCCUUGCGACGCCCUCCUCAUCGCCUGCAAAAAAAGAAAAGUGGAAGAAUCAGAGGCUGUUGGCCCUGACAAAUUGGAACCACUCACUGCAGUUGUUAAAUUCGCUGGAACUGUUCAGACUCAGGACGAGGACUUGACCCACCACUUAACCAAAACAUUGAGCAAGGAAGAGUUGCAAGCUAAUUAUAAACAACACAAUGUUGACGUCACGACUAAAUCGAGGGCUAAAAGAUUGGAGAAGUCCAGGGAGGGUCGAUACAGGGUUGUCAACUGCUAUAGAUCUCUGGGGGGUCCAGCAAUCGAAGAAGUUGAUGAGAGUGGAAUGACUGUCAUUGACGUGGAGGAUUCAGUCUCGUGUCGAAGUAAACAAUUUUCUAGUGCCCUGGGAACCGAAUACGUUUACGAUUUAUACUACACUCAAACAAAGGAGAAACUCGAACCUGGCAAUGACAUUUCCAUUCAUUCACUGGAUCAGGAACUUGUCUUCGACAAUUACAGAGAUCAAGCUCACAAGUCUGAUGCCGGGGAGUCCGAGGACUCGAACUGCGAGUCAAACUGGAGGAACGAGUAUCCGGAUUCUGAGCACUCCGAUAAUUCCAUUAACGAGGACGACAUGAGAGCAGCUGUGUCAAGGUUGAAACUCGAUGGUGAUGAUUCUGAUCUGUCCACUGACGACGAUUUCGUUUACGCUGUUAAUGAGGACGACGUGGAUAAUUACGGUUACAAAUACGCGAAGUACAAAGCGAGGAUCAAGGAAGAACUCGGUGAGGAUGACAGUGAUUUGAGUGAUUAUAGUGAGGUCUGCAUUGAAGACCCUGGUGAUGAGGAAGAGUACAAUAAUCAUUAAUUUUUACUGAAGGUAAAAGGUUACUAGUUAUUUCAACACGUGGAAAUUCAACACACAUUCAACUGACUUGUCGACAGUCUUUGGAAUUAAUUACGAUUCUUGCUCUGCGAAUUUUGUUAUUUUAUACAUUUUUUUCACCGAGAAAUUAUGCAAUAACUCGCUUCGUACGUCCACAGCCAAUAUUUAUUGAUUCUAAAGAAUGUUGAAUUUUUUGGAUUGAUAUUUGCGUGUGUUGAAUUGACGCGGAAUCGAAAAAAAAUUAUUUUUUAUUUUCCUACUAACCUUGUAAGAAUAAUGAUGAAGAAGAUGUAUUUAUGAAGUUGCUGGAUAAACCAUAAAUAGUUAGGGCAUUUCAAGUUAUGAAAAAAGUGCCAUUUCACGCAAAUAUCGUAUGCCAAACCCUAGAGGACACGUUUUGUAAAUAAAAUUAAGUUUUGCAUUCAACAA